GGGGGCCUGUGCGGAUGGCAGGGCUGGGGCCUGACCACGGUGGCUCUGAAGAAGUGGGGAGUGACAUGGAGGUGUGGGGCAGCACCUGUGAGGGGCGUGCGCAGGGCGCACUGUCGUCCCUGAUGGAUGUGUCAGAAGGUGUGCUUCUUCACUUAGCACCUGUGCAGGUGGGUCUCUGGAUGGAGGCAACCAGGAGCACCUGCUGCCCUGGCCGGGAGAAUACCUUGUCCCCCUGGGACUGACUCAGAGUCCCAGACUCUCUUGCCUCUGGGGAGAGGCUUUUGUGUCCCUGUGAGCCUUCCCCCGACAUUCUUUCAGGCUCUGAGGGGGAUGGGACCUAGCCCAUUAGGACCCCUCCCUGAGGGAGGGGAAGAUUCCUGAGACCUCCCCCACUCCCCCACCUCCUCACAUGCCACUGGCUUCCCUGCCCCUCCCUGGAAGAGAAAGGUGAUUGUACCCAUUCUGAAGUAGGGCAAACUGAGAAUGUAUGGCUGGCUCAGGAGAGGAUGCUGGGUGUGGAUUUUCAGCAGUUCUUUGGGCCAAGGCUAGGGCUGGAGUCUGGGGGAGGUUUGUGACUCGGAACCUUGGACCUUAGCUCAUCUGCCUGGUCCAGGGUGGGUGGGUGCUGAGUCUGGGGCUUUACUUGGCUUUCCCAAUCCUGGUGGGUCCUGCUCCCCGCUCCAGGCACUGACCUGUGGCCUGGAUCCACCCUCCAUCCCAUGUGCAGUUCCGCUGGGGUGGGUGGAGGGCGGGGCUACUGCCAGAUCUAGUCAGACAGGUGGAGCCGCCAGGGCAGGAGUCUCAAAGAGCCAGGCUCCAGGAGAGGAAGGGCUCCACGAGAGGAGAGAGGACAGCACCGAGAGGACAGGCUGGAGAGUCCUUAGCCAGGAUGGAGGCCGUGGUGAACGUGUACCAGGAGAUGAUGAAGCAUGCAGAUCCCCGGAUCCAGGGCUACCCUCUGAUGGGAUCCCCCCUGCUGAUGACCUCCAUCCUCCUGACCUACGUGUACUUCGUUCUCUCUCUUGGGCCUCGCAUCAUGGCUAAUCGGAAGCCCUUCCAGCUCCGUGGCUUCAUGAUUGUCUACAACUUCUCACUCGUGGCAUUCUCCUUCUACAUUGUCUAUGAGUUCCUGAUGUCUGGCUGGCUGAGUACCUAUACCUGGCGCUGUGACCCUGUGGACUAUUCCAAUAGCCCUGAGGCACUUAGGAUGGUUCGAGUGGCCUGGCUCUUCCUCUUCUCCAAGUUCAUUGAGCUGAUGGACACAGUGAUCUUUAUUCUCCGGAAGAAGGAGGAGCAGGUGACCUUCCUACAUGUCUUCCAUCACUCAGUGCUUCCCUGGAGCUGGUGGUGGGGGAUAAAGAUUGCCCCAGGAGGAAUGGGCUCUUUCCAUGCCAUGAUAAACUCCUCUGUGCAUGUUGUCAUGUACCUCUACUAUGGGUUAUCUGCCCUCGGCCCUGUGGCUCAGCCCUACCUGUGGUGGAAAAAGCACAUGACAGCCAUCCAACUGAUCCAGUUUGUGCUGGUCUCACUGCACAUCUCCCAGUACUACUUCAUGCCUAGCUGUAACUACCAGUACCCAGUCAUUAUCCACCUCAUCUGGAUGUAUGGCACCAUCUUCUUCGUGCUCUUCUCCAAUUUCUGGUAUCAGUCUUACACCAAAGGCAAGCGGCUGCCCCGUGUACUUCAGCAAAACGGAGCUCCAGGUAUUGCCAAGGUCAAGGCCAACUGAGAAACAUGGCCUGGAUAGGCGCCCACCUAAGUGCCUCAGGACUGCACCUUGGGCAGCAUCUGUCAGUGCCCUCGCUGCCUACACCUGUGACCAGGGCAUGCGUGGUCAGGACUGAGCAGGGGACUGGCCCUCCCCUCCCCACAAUGGUCUACAGGGACCGCCGCUUCCGUUCCUUCCUCACCCACUUCCCCCGGCCAGCUCCAGGGAUGUGGCCUCAUUGCCCUCUGCCACUCCAGAGCUGGGGGCUAAAAGGGCUGGACACUUACUUCCCCUUCUCUGCCUUAAACUUGGGAGAGGAGCACUCAGGGCUGGCCCCCACCAGGGUCUUGUGGCCUUUUUCCUCACACUGAAGAGGUCAGCAAUAAUCUGUCACUGUGGACCCAGUUUCCCUCCUCCACCCCACACUGAAGCAGUAGCUUCUGGGCCAAAGGUCAGGGUGGGUGGGGGCCUGGGAAUACAGCCUGUGGAGGCUUACUCACUUGUGUCUUAAUUAAAAGUGACAGAGGAAACCA